CUUUCAAAAUCUUUCAUUUGAAAAUUAGAAAUUUCUUCAUUUUUAAUAUUUAACUACAGAGAUUAAAGUAAAUACAAAAAAAUACAUAUAUUUUAAUACGAAUAAUUAUGCCCUGUUUUACGGCCUCAAAUUUACGUCUUGCGCGCGACCAUCUGGAAAAUGCUGGGAAGAGGCGCGCCAAAACCUCAACAACACACCGUUCGCAUGUGAGUAGCACAAGUGUGGCCGGAGGCACUACUGCCGAGCUGAAUGAGUCUUUCAAAGCGGCCAUUGCUGCACAAAACAACAAGAAAAUGACCAGAGAAUGUACUGAAUUCCUAAAAGUAAUGGGCUAUACUCCGCAAACGCUCAACAAACGUCAGAUCUCUAAAUCAGCAAGACCCAGAAAUCAGACAAUGCUGACCCAAAAAGAGCUAGAUCGCCUAAAAAAUGUAUCAAAAGAAGUUACACUCGAAGAACGACUGGAAGAGCUGAAGAGACAGGAGGAGGAAAGAAAUCGCAUGGAAAGAGAGACUGAAGAGCUGCGCUUACGUUUCAAAAAGAUUGAUGACGCCCGACAGAAGGCAUUAGAGGAGAAUGCUGAAAAAGAAGAUCUCUUUGGCGCCGGUGAAAAGGUUAAAGUUUUAGAGCGCGCAUUUCUUGCAAAGCACGAGCAGGAAGAGGAGGUGCGGCGGGUCAAUCGUAUUAUUCUGAAUGCAAAGUGUCAGGCGGUGCGUGAUGCCCAGAUACAGGAGAAGGAGGAUUUUCAACGAGAAUUGCGCGACGAAGAGAUACGUAUGGAUAGAAUGGUGUUGGAGCGUGCCACAGAUGCGCUGAAAAAGGAGGAUGCUACUGAGGAGAAGAAGAAAGAGGAGAAGUUGAAAUAUGCUUGUGAGAUUCGUAAUCAAUUGAGUGAACGUGAGACGCUGCGCUUUCUGGAAGCGGAACGCUUGGAGCAAGAAGCUAAACGUAUACGCAAAGCUAAUGAACUUAUUCGAUUCGAAGAUGAACGCCAGGCGGAACUGCAACGUGAGCGUAAGCUGAAAUUCCGUGAAGAGUUGAAUAGGAUCGCUGAGAUGGCAGCACUUUUUAGAAAGAUGAUUUGCGAGCAAGAGCGCGAGGCUGAUAUGCGUGUGGCAGCGUACAUGCGUGAAAAGCAGAAGAAGGAGCGUGAAUUGGCAAUGGAAAAGAAAGUGGCCCAGGAGGCGGCCGAAAAUAAACGGCAACGCAUAUUCAUACUAGCCCAAAAGAUGAUGGAGGCGAAGACGGCUAGCGAGGAGUUGAGCUAUUUACGUGAGCAGGAACGUAUCGAGCGCGAAUAUCGACGCAAAGAGAAGGAAGCGGCAUUGCGUAAGAAGAAAAUUGAAGAGGAUUUGGCCGAGGCACGCGAACGUCAAUUGCGCGAAGCAAAACACAGACAAGCGCUGCAAAUUGCGCGCGCCGAACAGGACUUUGACCACCUAAUGGCACAGGUAAAGCAGGAUGAGGAGAAACAAAAACAGCAGGUGGUACAGCGGGAACGUCAGAAUGAGUGCUACCGCCAGGCCAUUAUAAAACAAAUGACCGAGAAAGAGUUGGAGCGGCGCCGCCUAUUGGAGCUUGAUCGCGCACAGGCAUUGGACUGGCGUGAAGGCGAGCGGCAACGCGAUCGCAAUAUUCGGGCAGUAAUCGACGCGAAAUUGGCUGCAAUGCGCGAUGCCUGCUUGCCCGAAAAGUACAUUAAAGAAGUGGAAAUGCAACUGACGAAAAUUAAAGGCCAAAAGGCAUUGCUGACAAGAAACAAAUGAACUUAGGGUAUUAUUUUAUGCUAUUUUAUUUCGCUGGCAUGAUGGUAAUAAAUAUUUAUUAUCUUUGAAGUAUAACGCUUGCAGCGAAGCAGCAAAUAUUACUUUAUGCAAUUUUUUUCGUAUAAAACCUAAGCAUGGAGGAGAAAAAAUUAUUGCAAACUACAUUUAGCUGUACUAUGAAAAAUCUGAUAUAUUAUUAAACCUUCUUUCA